AACCGCAUCGCUCGCAAACAGUAACACGUGUUUUCAGCGUACACUAUAACGGUCGGUGCAUACAUUGAUGUGCGAAAAUGUCUGCUAAGACCAAUAAAAGACCAUUGCGGUCGCUCACAGCCCACGAAAAACUCGAUGCCAUCCGACGUGUUCACGAUGGAGAAAGCAAAGCCUCAGUAGCCAGAGACAUAGGUGUUCCGGAAUCCACCCUCAGAGGUUGGUGCAAAAAUGAAGACAAAAUUUCCUACCUCUCCAGACAAUCCAGCCCGGAAACCGACGAAUCAUUGGACCACUCGCAAUCUAAGAAACCCAAGCAUGAGGAACCAACCGUGCAGCCCUUCAACCUCAGCCUCAAAAGCAGCGGUGGUUCAUACUCCCCGAAUUCCGCAGUAGACUACACUAAAAAUCUGAAAAACGAAGCCGACUGCAAACCACCCACGAUUCCCACGAACCUCAGCAAAGUCGAGACUCCAAAGUCCACCACAGCUCACUCCUCGGCUCACUCGACCACCCUCAUGUCGGAAAGGGAACGAAACCGAGCAGAACUGGCUAGGCUCAGUGUCGAACUAGGUUUAAACAGACAAGAAAUGUUUAUGCCUAAUGUGAACAACACCUCAGCUAACUUGGCCGACCUAAGCGCGAAUAUCGGCCUCCUAGCUCAGUGGAACACAUUGCUGAUGCAGCAACAGCAUCAGCAGCAACAGAAGGUACUGCAAACAAGCAAAGUCAACAAAGUGACUGCCCCAGCUGAUACUAGUGGUAUGGUCUCGUCAUCCGUUGGUCUUCUCACUACCGUGGACCAAGAGAAGGCUAAGCAGCUGCAGCUUCCGAAAGAAAAACAAUCAGUUCAUGAGUCUGUUUGGUACUGGUUGAAAACACAGCAGCAGUCCAUGAUAAAUAUGAGCCAAACACCAACUACUGUCCCGAAUACCACAUCAGCAAUGAAUGGAAAUGGUAUAUCCUCAAGCAUGUCUCCCCCAACCACCACAACUGUAACAAAUUCAACGACACCAAAUUUGAAUGGCUUGAAUGGUAUGACAGCAGAUCAAAGUUCGUGGUUCUGGAAAUGGUACAAACAGUUCGCCUACAGUCAGCAAGGGCAGCAACUGCAGCAACCGCUGCCUCAGGUUCACCAAUUGCAGCCACAAGUGCAGCAACCGCAUUCACAAGUGCAUCAACCGCAUUCACAGGUGCAGCAACCGCAGCUGCUGGUGCCUGUGCAAGAUGAUAGGCCGAUUUUAUAUCAGCAGCUUACGAAAGAUAUGCCUCAGCUGGCUUCUACUCCACCACCACUAAGUCCUCCUGAUCAACAAAACGCGGAAAAUCUGUCAAUGCACGAUGACAGGAAUAAAAUGGGUGAUAAAACCAAUAAUAAGGCGAGAUCUGUCUUGGAUAACCUUUUGUUCAAUAAUAAUAACAAUGUAGCGCUGAAUAAGAAGGACGAAAAUUUGGAGGAGGAUAAUCUGAGUCAAAGUGAGGCUGUGGAACAUGGUGAAAAAUUCCUGAAAUGGUUGGAAUCUUGCAGCGAUCCGUCUGUCACGGCCAUGCAGAUCAUGCAAUUCAGAACGCUGCUCAACAAUGUGAAGACGGGUGCCGACAGAAAAAACGGCGACAUACAAAACAAGGCCAAAGUUAAAAGAAAGUGAGAUCGUAGGCUAACUUUUCGACAAAUUGAAUCGACAUAAGGCUGUUGUAGCUGGAAACCAAAUGAUUUAGUUUAAGAUGUUAUUCUGAUAAUAUGUAGUUUAUGUAUAAAGUUUUCGCAGGCACUUAGUCGAUUUUCUAGUGAAAUUUAGCAUGAUAAAAUAUGCCUGUAGUUCCUUGAAUGUUACCUAUUAUUGUAUCUACGAGAAUAGUUAUUGUGUAAAUUCAUUCGUUAGCUUUGGAAACUAUUUAGAGUAAGAUUUUUCCUAGUGCCAAAUCUGUUUUGCAUUCCUGCUCAAGUAUCGUACCUAUGAAUCUGGUGCAAAAUCCGGGUUUUUCGCUUUUACUACAAUUAUUAUUGCCAUUUUAAAGAUCUCUCGAUCUCAUAAAUCUUGCCAAAGGUUUUGCAUGACAUGUUGAGUUUUUGCAAUAUAUUUAUUAGUAUAUAUUUUUUAUUUCCUAACAUGAUCUCGUUUAUACAGGGUCUCAUAUUCUUAUUUUUAAUAUUGUGGAACUUAUUACGUUUAUUAAAUUUAUUUUGCCCUGUAUAUGAUGAUGCUGAAAUCUACUGAGGCGUUAUGUACAUUAUUGUAAUAUAUUAUCGAAUAUUUUUGUACCAAAUACAUUUGCGAACAUUUC